CAACCCUUUCCUUUGAAUGGAUUAUAGUACAUGUGAACUGCCUGUUACCCUGCAAGGAUCAGAAAAGCUCUUUGCUUUAAUUUGUUAAAUAUCAGCUUCAUAGCAAAAAGCAUCUGAAUGGCUCACACUCAUAGCAGACCACCAGUUGAAUGGGAUCAGCAUUUCUACUAAAAUAUCUGAAGUUAAGGAUUUGGAAAAGAGGUUUUUGCAGAGAUGACCCAUUUACAAGCUGGACUUAGUCCAGAGACUAUAGAGAAAGCCCGGCUGGAACUGAAUGAAAACCCAGACAUUUUGCACCAGGAUAUCCAGCAAGUCAGGGAUAUGAUCAUCACGAGGCCUGACAUUGGGUUUUUACGUACAGAUGAUGCCUUCAUCUUGAGAUUUCUCCGAGCCAGAAAGUUUCACCAAACUGAGGCCUUCAGACUGCUGGCUCAGUACUUCCAAUACCGCCAAUUAAAUCUGGAUAUGUUCAAAAACUUCAAGGCCGAUGAUCCAGGAAUCAAACGGGCUCUGACAGAUGGGUUUCCKGGAGUACUGGAAAAUCGCGACCACUGUGGCAGGAAGAUUCUUCUGCUUUUUGCRGCCAACUGGGAUCAGAGUAGGAACUCCUUCAUAGAUAUCCUUCGGGCUAUUCUACUUUCCUUGGAAGUGCUCAUUGAAGAUCAGGAGCUUCAGAUAAAUGGCUUCAUUCUAAUUAUAGACUGGAGCAACUUCUCCUUCAAGCAAGCCUCCAAGCUUACACCAUCUAUCCUCAAACUGGCCAUUGAAGGGUUACAG